GUAACCUGCGCCUCUUCUCUCCUCUCUUCUUCCCACGGCCUCCUCUGUUUCUCACGUUCCACUUCCUCUGUUUCUUCUCUCUCCAUCUUCAAUCCAUUAACCAGAUCCUCAAGAUCUAUCAAGUUCCCUAGCUACUCUUUCCCCUUUGAGCUUCUCUCUCUUGUUACCUCCCCUGACGGCUACAAAAUCUUCACUCUUUGCCCAUCUUCCUCCGCCGCUUCUUCAAGAUCCGUUUGCCUUUACGAUUCCGGUGAUCGCACCUGGAGAAAGUUCGGCGGCGUUGAUCAGGUCUUACCUCGUGGGUUUAAUCAAGAUGGAGUGUUUUACAAUGGGUCUCUUUACUUCGCUAGAUCCGAGCCUUUUAUAAUCGUGAGCGUUGAUUUAAACGACGGGAAAUGGACAACAACAGCCACCGGACACGGUGUUUUUCCGGGGGAGGAUCACAUCACGUUUGCUAGAUUGGUGAGUGAUCCAGAGAGGAAGAUACUGUACAUGGUUGGAGGGAUUGGGAGCAAUGGGAUUUGCAGGAGUAUCAAGAUUUGGGAAUUUAAAGACGAGACAUUGAGUUGGAUCGAAACUGAAACGUUACCGGACAUUGUUUGUAGGAAGUUCACUUCGGUGUGUUACCAUAACUACGAGCAUGUGUACUGUCUGUGGCAUAAGGAGAUGAUUUGUGUUUGUUGUUACAAUUGGCCUGAGAUUCUGUUUUUUCAUGUUGGAAGAAGGACAUGGCAUUGGGUUCCAAAGUGUCCUUCGCUGCCAGAGAAAUGGAGCUGUGGGUUUCGUUGGUUCUCUUUUGUUCCCAGCUUGUCUGCUUCUGUUUAGUUAUCUGAUAUUUGUUAUUGUGUUUAUGUUCAAAAUCUCCAUAUUUUUUUGUCUUCUAUCAAUGGUUUCGUUGGUAUCUCUUUGUGAAAUAAAAGAUUGGUAAUAUUUAAAAUGAAACCAUAAUAUUUUUGUUA